UUUAACAGGUCCGAUUGUCCGAAAUAACAGGUUUGGAAUCGCAUUGUUCUUAUUGUCCAAGGCAGGCACUCUCCAAUUCUCUUACCUUCCAACUCACACUACCAUUCGAUUCAGCAAUUCGCUACCGUCGCUCCCAACUCUCUCUCUAAUCGCUCGGCGAAAUGGCAAACUCAGACGAAGAGAAACAAUCCCAAACUCCACCAAACUCAGAAGCAACCGCCGAAGAAGACCGCGAAGAAAACGACGUCGUUGAAGAAGACGAAAACGAAGACGACGAAGAACCAGAACCGCCACAAAAGCAGCACAAAUCCCGAGAGUCCCUACUCAGCGAGCACAAGUCGAGAAUGGAGAACCUGUUCCGCCGAAUGCAAAGAGAGCGAGUGAAUCUCCGAGUCCACGACUUGAUCAUCAAGGGGAACACUAAGACCAAGGAUUCGAUCAUCGAGCCCGAGCUCGAGGCCUUGAAGAACGCCUCCACGAUGCAGGAGCUGCUCGAUGCGGCCGGAAGAGCCAAUGCGAGGCUUCAACAGCUUGAGAUUUUCGAUUCCGUGAAGAUCACGCUCGACAAAGGCCCGCCGGAGUUGCCUGACACCGCCAAUGUUAUCGUCGAGGUCGUCGAGACCAGUAGCACUUUCACCGCUGAGUGCGGCGCUUACUCGAAACCCGCGGCUAGAUCUUGGACUGCUGAAGGUACUCUCAAGUAUAAAAAUUGGUUUGGUUAUGGGGAUCUGUGGGAUGGUUCUGUGGCAUAUGGUCCCAACCAAACAUCAGAGGUCAGUGCUGGUGUGUUUUUGCCGAGAGUUAGAGGACUGUCGACUCCUGUGCUGGCACGUGCAUCUUUGCUUUCCCAAGAUUGGCAAGAAUUCUCUUCCUACAAAGAGCGAUCCUUGGGCUUUUCUAUUAACCUAUUAUCCACCAAGUACCAUGACUUGGCAUACAAUCUUGGAUGGCGUACCUUAACAGAUCCAUCACAAAUGUCGUCCAGGGCAGUAAGGAGGCAGCUGGGACAUAGUUUGCUUUCAUCUUUAAAGUAUACAUUUAAGAUUGACAGGAGGGAUUCAUCCAUGAGACCCACUAAAGGUCAUGCUUUUGUUUCUACUACUCAAAUAGGUGGCCUUGCACCUGAUCACCGGAGCUUGCGGUUUUUGCGCCAGGAGUUUGAUCUUCGUUAUGCUAUCCCUUUCGGAUUUUAUCGUGCUGCCCUCAACUUUGGGAUCUCUGGUGGUGUUUUAUUUCCAUGGGGCCAAGGAUUCUUGAACAAGCCCUCACCUUUGCCAGAAAGGUUCUUCUUGGGUGGUGAUUUCUCUCCAGUUUGCAGUUUGGCAGGCCCAACGUCUAUGUACGGAUUUAAGACAAGGGGACUGGGACCUUCAGAGCCACGAAGGCAAAAUAGAGAGAAUUCUGAUGGUCCUGGAAGGGAUUAUCUUGGAGGAGAUCUUGCUGUCACUGCUUUUGCAGACCUUUCUUUUGAUCUUCCAGUUAAGUGGUUAAGAGAAUUUGGAGUCCAUGGACACAUUUUUGCUGGUGCUGGCAACCUCUCUAAAUUAACAGAGAAUGAGUUCCGGAAUUUCUCUCCUCAGAAGUUCUUGGAGUCAUUCCGAAUCUCAGUUGGCGGUGGGGUUGUUGUCCCUACAAAAAUUUUCCGUCUAGAGGCCAACUAUUACUACCUACUCAAGCAACAUGAACACGAUCGUGGGAAGACUGGCUUUCGAUUUAGCUUCUCUCCUCGCUUUUAGAAUUUUGUAAUUUGUAGUGAUAUUUGAUGUUGACAACAUUGAGGUGACACAGGAAGCAUGUCAUUUCAGAUACUCAGGUUUUUCCAAAAUUUUGAAAUUGUUCAUCCACAAGCAGUUUAGACGGCAUUCGUUGUUUUGUAAUUUGAAAGCUAGACUGGAAGUUCAGAAAGCAUGACGUUUUCUGAUAUGGAGGAAAAUAAUUUUCAGGUGUUGGCGGAGACAUAGUUGCCCCUUGAUUAAGGGGUUUGAAAAAACUGCGAAAUUCUCAAAUAUUCAAACAUUUAAUCUCACUGUUACCUGUAUGGUUGUCAGUA